UAUCGAUCGCAAGUCCAAUAGACCACUCUCUUGCUUUGACUGAGUCAUUCCAUAUUAGCAGUUUCCAACUAUUCCGCUUUAGACUUAGACAGCAUGGGUCUGUCAAAUCUUGAUGAUUCACAUCAAAUGUUCGAAAUGCAGAUCUUAGACUGCCUACACUGCUCAAUAGACACAACAAAGAAUCAGCGACGUAGCGACGAUAUUCACAUUGAAAUUACGUACCAUUUCUCCACCUGCAAUCCUCUAUACUAGCUACCAUGCAGUCCGUCCUCUUUGUCACCGGCAACGCCAACAAACUCGCCGAAGUCACCAGCAUCCUCGACUCCGCUCUCAUCCAGGUCCGAAAUGCCGCUCUCGACAUUCCUGAGAUCCAGGGCACGUUGGAAGAAAUUGCGAGAGAUAAGUGUCGACGAGCGGCUGAAAUAGUCCAAGGCCCCGUCCUAGUCGAAGACUCUGCUCUCGAGUUCACUGCGAUGAAUGGUCUGCCUGGGCCGUAUAUAAAACACUUCUUCGAGGCCCUCGGAAACGACGGUUUGAUCAAACUGAUCGAUCCCUUCGAGGAUAAGUCCGCCGCCGCCGUAUGCACUUUUGCUUUUUCGGACGGGCCGGGAGAAGAUCCUGUUGUGUUUCAGGGGCGACUUGAGGGUCGGAUUGUAUCUCCGCGUGGACCACCAGGGUUUGGGUGGCAGCCUAUCUUUGAAAUUGGGGGGGAGACGCUCGCUGAGAUGAGUCGGGAGAAAAAGAAUGGAAUGUCCCAUCGUUACCAGGCAUUGGGCAAACUACAGCAGUGGCUGCAGGAAAAGGCAAAAAACUAA